AUGCAUGAUCUGAUUCGAUAUGAAAUUCAUUUUGCAACACGGUAGCCGCUUCAAGCUGGAAAUAAUUUAACAGACUAAAAAGUGUUUAAAAUUCUGCUUUAAUUUUAAGAAAUAAAAAAUUUUUGAUUUAAAUUUAAAAUAAAAACUUAAAAUUCAUUCAUCACUCCUUCGUAUUGUGAGGCAUGUCAAGAUUUUAUUGACAUAAUGCAUUUUUCCAUCAAGUCGCAAGGCAGAAAUUCUUCGCUACACUGAAAGAGUUUUGCUCGUUAUUUGUCUGUGAGCAGAAGAAUUCCGUUGGACAUCUCAACAUUAUCAAUAUUUCCAUCAAGAAGAAACUCAUCAGCAAGGACGGGAAGUAGAGGUUCGAACUUCAAUUCAUCAUUUAACUUACCGACGACUGCUUCAAAUUUUGACAGCUGCAAUCAGUAUUCGCUUACGCCUUUUAAAUGUUCUUUUAAUCAAAGUCGUCCUCAGUCAACAGUUGCCGAAUUUAAAUUUCUGGGGAAUUUUCGAAGAUGCACCACCACAAAAUGUUGCACACACAUUGUCUGCUGCUGUGUGCAGUGGCAUUUUUAGCCGAGUUCAUUGACGGCGGAUAUACAAUGAAAGUGUCCCUAUUUGGUGAUGGCUACAUCACCAUGCCAUUGCAAGAAGCUAAGAUGUCUACAAAUAUCAGAGUCAAAUUCCGUACACAGCAGGAAAACGCUUUUCUAUUCCUGGCAGCAGGACGCACUGACUACUGCCUCAUGAGCUUGGAAAGCGGCGCCAUAAGUUUCACAUACAAAAUAGAUCGCGAUGUAGUGCAGUUGCGUUCUCCCAAAAAACAAAAACUUAAUGAUUUGGAUUGGCACGAUGUGGCGGUGCAACGCUACGAUAAUAAUAUCACACUCCAAGUUGAUGGCACCAUCAUAAGAAAAACUUUGCACGCCGACAUGAUGGCGCUAAACGUACAUUUCGGCACAUUUUUGGGUGGUGUUGGUGACUUUCCGGCAGAGUAUCUGAACGAUGUAAUUGGUUUCCGAGGAUGUAUUUCAGACGUUUUCUACAACAAUAUCAAUGUCAUCAAGCGUGCAAAGGAACGAACAGGGCAUGCUACAAGCAUAGGCAUCACUUGGGCAUGCAGCAAUGAAUUCGAUGGUUCGAUUAAGGAUAGUGUCAGCUUUCUCAACGAAGACUCAUUUGCACUUAUGGCCAAAGACUCACAAAAUACAGGCGAAUCACUUGACUUACAAUUUCGCACAAUGGAAGAAUCUGGCGUAUUAUUCUUUAAUGGUGGCUUUGAUUUUGUUCUGUUGGAAAUAGAGGAUGAAAUGCUCAAGUUGACAUUUAACAAGGCAGGCAGUCUAGUACAGAUAUCACCAAAUAUGAGUGUCUCUGAUGGCAAAUGGCACCGUAUUUCGUUGCGUUACAGUGGCUCUAUGGCUGAACUCAUAUUGGACGAUACAACGCAUCGCGAAAUGCAUGCGAAUGAUACUAAGCCCACUAUUAAUCUAGAGAAGAGUGUGUUCUUCGGUGGUGUACAAGAGAUAAUGCGUCGGCGUUUGUUGAACAAAGGUUUACGUAUAAACGAUAUCAGUUUCAAAGGUUGCAUGCGCGGCAUUCGAGUUAACAAUCAGGAUCUUGGUUUUCCACAAAUGAAAGUUUCACACCAUCUGGCAGUAAACUGCGUUUGGAAAUAUCCUUGUGUUGAGUACAAUCCGUGUUUAAAAAGCGGUGUAUGUAAUCAGUACGGCGUGGAUGAGUUCAUUUGCUAUUGCGAUCAAUCCUAUUGCAUUAAAGCAGACUUUCAGGGACCAUUCAAAAUAUUUACUGAAACCAGUCCCGAACUAGAACUACUAUACGUCUCACCCAUCGAAUUACUAGAAGGUGGCACAGUAUUUCUUUCGCCUCAUUUUAUAGAUGUCUUAAUUGAUAUGCGCAAAUAUCCCAGUCUUUCGGAUACAUCCAUUGUAUUUCACGUUGUACAGCAGCCUAAAUAUGGACAACUGCUACAAUUCUCACCCGAAAAAAAUAAUUUCGUCCAAUGUCGUACAUUUAAUAUGGUCGAUUUGUCUACAGACAAAGUUAAAUAUGUACACAACGGUAUGGAAAAUUUCAAUGAUCACGCCACACUAGAUAUGCAAGUCUAUGGUGACAUACAUAAAAUACCGGAAAAUAUACUUGGUAAGCACCGCUUCCUGUUACAUGCAAAUGUUACACCAGUGAAUGAUCCACCACAACUCAAGAUGCCACAUAAUAAAAUAAUGCGCGUCAUUGAAGGUAUCGAGAAGGUAUUAGAGUUAGAAUUAUUCAACAUAAACGAUCCAGAUAGCGCUGCAAAUGUGGUGAUAUAUACAAUUUUACCUUCCACAAAUCCACAGGAGGCAUUUGGACGGUUCCUUCUUAAUGGCAUGCCAACAAUGACUUUCUCACAAGCAGACGUAAAUGUUGGGAAAGUAACAUUUCUCUACAAUUCAACGGCUACUGAGGCGUUUAGUUAUCAAAUUUUAUUACAUGUUUCGGAUGGCAUAGAAACUAGUGACACCGUGUAUCUUCCUGUAUCGGUGCAUCCACUUGAAUUACGCUUAGUCAAUAAUACCGGACUUAUAAUGAUACACAAAACAUCACUUUUUAUCGCAUCAGCGAACUUGUCGGUGGGCACUAAUGCAAUCGAUGAAAAUAUCGAUAUACGCUACGAUAUUGUCAAGCCACCGCAGUAUGGUGCCAUUCAGCGAUUGAGACAAAUAGACGCCUCUUGGGUGAAUGUUGAUUGGUUCAGUGACAGCCAGUUAUUGCUCGGCCAUGUGCGUUAUGUGCAUAGCAUUGAUUUUCCUUGGCAGGAUGAGUUUAAGUUUGUUGCUUCGCAUGGCUUCGUCACUACACAAACAUUCGAUUUUCGCAUUACAUUUACUCGGCUACGGAUUACCUCCGUAAAGCCAGCUGCCAUUAAUGUUAAUGGUUCUAGAGAGUUUAUACUAACGAACGAAGUGUUGACUUACGAAACUGUACCCAUCACUACAUUCCCUCGAAAUAUCAUAUAUAAAAUAACUAAAAUUACAAAAUACGGUGCCAUUUAUGUGGAAAACUCGCGUAAAGCUGCAAAGGUAAUGGAUUCAUUUACACAAUUGGACAUAGACAAAAAUCGCAUACGGUACACAACACAUCUCACGUCCUACUCGAGUUUUACCGAUUAUCUAGAAUUCGUAGUCUCGGUCGCCGAGUGUGACGAUGUUACAGGAAAAUUGGAAAUAAUGUACCAUCCGCUUGACACUCUCACCAGCAAGCUUUCCUAUCAAACUCGAGAACCAUUGGAUGUACAAGAAGGAGACCGUGCAUUAAUAACAAAAAAUCAUUUUGAGAUAGGAUUUAAUAUGUAUGAGAGUUUACAGUUUGUCGUGUCACAGGUGCCCAAACAUGGUACUCUUUGUCGGUAUGAUGAGCAACAGGGUAAAGUGCUACCACUGACAGAAUUCUCUCUAUCGCAAUUAUUUUUACAUGAAAUUUAUUACUGCCACGACGAUAGUGAAUCCACUUACGAUUUAUUUGACCUACUGAUACUCUCCAGAGAUGACACCGAUUUACAGUUUGUGGCGCAUAUAGAUGUUAACGUUAAGUUGAUUAAUGAUAAUGCACCCUACCGCACCAUAGAACGCAUAUUUCACGUAGUGCGUGAUGGUUCUCGCACAUUGAAUCCAGAUGUACUAAAAUAUUUAGAUGCCGAUGUUAACACCAAUCGAUCCGAUAUUCAUUUUAUACAUGUGUCUAGCACGAAUGGCGCUUUCUAUAAGUCUGGAAACCACAUUGACAGUUUUAGCCAGGACGACAUAACAAAUCGGCGUAUUAUGUUUCAGCAUAGCGGGCCGGAUGCAGGAACUGCUUCAUUCAUUGUUACUGAUCGUCAGCAUGAAGUAAAUGGACUAUUAGAAGUACAUGCCUCCGAUCCAUUCGUUUCUAUGCUUCCCACGAAUGCAUCAAUUGUUCAAGAGAGCAAAUUUGUUAUACUCCGAAAUAAAGACUUUGUGCUGGAAACUAAUUUGGAUAUGAAAUUAGAUGAAAUAUAUUAUGAAGUCAUAAAGCCUCCUUCAUAUGGCAUACUUAUGUAUUUGGGCAGACCAAGAGCAAAUGAUUCUUCUCUCUCCAAUGUGCAGUACAAAGCUACUAAUUUGACUUCGUUGAAUAAUUUUACGCAUUUGGAUAUAGAACGAGAUCGAUUGGUGUAUUGGAACACUGAAAUAGCUUCCAUGGAUAAAAUGCGAUAUCGCGUGCAUUUGAAGAACAUAACAGCAGAGGGAGAAGUCGUUUUUCGAAUUUAUCCUUCAGCUUACUAUGAACCACUUCAAAUAAAAAAAAAUCAAACACUUUACGUGGAGGAAUCGACCAGUGUACUCAUAUCACGUGACAUACUUGAAGUGGUGCAUCCUAAUAUAUCCCCCGGAGAUAUAACUUUCCUAGUAACGUCUUCGCCUAUGCAUGGUUAUCUAGAAAUGCAGUCCAUGUCAUUUGAUGAUGAAUACAAUUGCAAAGUGUUCGACCAAACAGCUAUUAAUACAGAGAAAAUGUUUUAUAUACAAGCUGGUGUAAAUCAAUCUAUGGACUACUUCCAAUUUGAUGUGACUAAUGGUAUAACUUGGCUUAGAAAUCUGAUGCUGAAAAUAAUCAUAAUUCCUGAAAAAUUAUAUAUGCGUACAAAUGUUAUAUCGGUUGUUGAAGGUAAAACCGUGCAAUUAAGUUCUUCUGAUAUACAACCAUUUUCGGAAUAUUAUCGUGGAAAAAUUCUGGAAUACAUAAUAACUAUUGCACCAACUUCCGGCUAUAUAAUGGCAGCAAAUUCAAAAGUCAAACGCUUCACUCAAAAGUCACUGGAACAAGGAAGUAUAUUUUACAUACACAAUGGAAAUGAAAACGCCACCGAUGUGUUAACCAUGGUCGCUACAUCACGCAAUAAAGAGAGUGUACCGUUUGAAGUAGAGUUCUCAGUGCAGCCAGUUAAUGACGAACAACCUAUGAUUGUUACUAACACAGGGCUUCAAGUCUUCAAUGGUGGUCGUCACAUAAUUCGUUACACUGACCUAAUGGCACAGGACUACGACACGCCAGCAGAGAACCUCACUUAUAUUGCAAACCACAUCUAUGGCGGAUAUUUGGCUCUAAAAACUGACCCCGUGCAUAAAAUAGAUCAAUUUACGCAGGCUCAAAUCAAUAACGAACAAGUUUACUUUAUUCACGAUACGAACUCCAGACGAAAUGAAAUGUCAUUUAUCGUGACUGAUGGAUUAUUUAAUACAACUGAACAGCUUCUGAAUGUAGAAAUAAAAUCAGUGGAAAUUAUAGAAGAGCGCAACGAGAAUUUGCACGUCUUUCCCUUAACGAAGAAACAAAUUUUGCGUGAUCAUUUGCACUUUAAAUGUACCGAUGCUGAGAGGGAGAUACAUUACAAUGUCACUGUACAGCCAACUUUGGGGCGUAUUGUCAACGAGUUCAUGGAAAAUGGCUUUGCAAGAGAAGUAACUGAGUUCACGCAGAGCGACAUUGAUAAUGGACGCAUAUUUUAUGAGCACACAGCUGUGAUUAUGGAGUUUCGUAUUAACGAUUCGUUCUAUUUUGAUGUAGUAGCUGAACGCAGUGAUCGUUUAUUGGAUCAAAAGUUCAAUAUAGAAAUUUCUGUCUCUUCGGGCGGUUUACUAAGAUUUUUACCGGUUUCUAAGUUGGAAGUAGAUGAGGGUGGUUCUGUGCCUAUUAAGUUGGACUUUUCAAAAAUUUUGGAGUAUUUGAAAACUCGUGCGGGCAUCAGUAAUCCUGAACUGUAUAUAGAAGCAACCAAACGACCAAGUCACGGCAGUAUUGGCUUAGGCCAUGAAUUUAAACCCAUACAAAAGUUUCAUCCUAGCGAUUUCUUUACUAAAAAAGUUUAUUAUAUCCAUGAUCAUUCAGACACUUUAGAGGACACUAUCCUGAUGUCAGUCUAUCUCACACAAGGCAACAUCUUUCUUUGUAACCUCACUAUACCGGUGUCAAUAAAUCCCAUCAAUGAUCAACCAUUCGUAUUAAUGACACAUCUUCCGCAAAUGACCGUUGUUCAAGGUGAAAAUCGUACCAUUACCCGCAAUGUUCUACUGACAGAAGACAAAGAUACUCCGCCUGAAGAAAUUGUUUAUGAUGUGACAUGUGGACCCACCUUGGGUGUGCUGAAGAAAAUAUCUAAUGACGGUCAAGCUGACGAUUUGUUGGCUUAUUCGAAUCGUUUCACCCAAGCAGACAUAAAUAAUGAUCGCAUUGUCUACAUGCAUUUCGGUACUCCACAAUCUACAACAUUCUGCUUUACUGUGUCAGAUGGCAAAUUCAACGCUGCCUAUGAAGUAUUUACUAUCAAAAUUACACCCAUUUCUUUACUACCCGCGGACAUACAAAUUCCUGUGGGGGUACAACAAGGUGCCUCUACCGCCAUUAUGAAACUGGAACACAUAGGCUUGCGAACUAAUGUACAGUACCAGCGUUUGUCAUAUAAUAUAACCAAUUCUCCACUUUAUGGUAUCAUUGUGCUGCGCCACCAGCCCACAUUAAGAUUCACACAAAACCAAUUGGAGUCUUCGCAAAUAAGUUACAUGCAAACUGAUCUAAAUCGGUCCAACGACACGUUUCAAGUCAGUGCUUACGUACCGGGUACUAGUUAUGCUGCAACUGUCGAUAUUGUCGUUGUCGUUGAGCCAGUGAUACAAAUAUCGGACAUUUCCAUGUAUAAUAUGGUCACUGGUAAAGUACGCCUAAUGUCGCUCUUAGCUUCUGAUAAUUCUUUAUCGCUAAAACUUAACAAAUUUAAUCCAAAGUUCAUAAUAACGCGUAUGCCCACUACGGGACAAAUACGAAAAAUCAUACGUAGCACUGGUAUAGCGGCUGAGGCACAAAAUGAACGUUCCACUAGCACAUUCUCUUACAAAGAGCUUCGUAGUGGCGUUGUGUAUUUUGUACCGAAUUUGGCUGUCGAGAAUACUAUAGAGGAUAAUGAUAGUUUUGAUUAUCAAUUAAUCAUAAAGACUGUACAACCAGCACAGGCCACCGUUAAUAUAGAAUAUCGCACACCAAAUGAGGACAGCAGCACUAUAAGCAUCACGACCUCUAAUUUUUCACUAAACUACGUAGCAAUUGGUUGUGCGCUCAUAAUCAUGUUCAUUUGUGUACUUUUUGUUAUGCUUCUAUUUAAGCUGCGCUUUUUAAAACGUCACAAAGCUGAUAUAUCAAAAGACCAACCACCGACAUUACCAUGUCCACCAGACUUGACAUCUGUUAGUCCGCAACAUCACCAUCAUCAUCACCACCAUCACUAUGCUAGUUCAGAAGCAGAUUCAGUGCCAGCGACGGGUGCAUCUACCCCACUACCAGGUUUCAGCAAUAUUCCGCAAUGCAAAAUAAUACCUGUAGAAUCAUAUAAACUUGAUUUUCCUGACUAUGAUCCUGAUGAAGACGAAACAGAUGAUCAAUGCGAUCCUCAACAAAUGAUGCUUCCGCAACGUUAUAAUCCUUAUCAUAUGGAAAAUGAUACUUGGAGCUCAUCUUGCGAUAUGGCAAACGAUUUCGGUGGCUAUUCCACAGUGCCACAAAGUAGCGCACCUACUGCUACGCCACCAUCGGCGCCACCCAGUAAUCCACUACUAAGAAGAAAUCAGUAUUGGGUCUAACUGAUUGUUAUUUAAGUAAUCGACUGAAGCUGGUACCGGUAGCUAAUACUCAAAGUGCCUAUAUUAUUGGUUAAAAUUAGUUUUAGGUGUUAGUUUAGAAUUUAUUUAACUAGUAAAAAGAAACCUGAAAUUAGAAAAGGUAGUAGAUUUUACGAACUGAAGAACUUAUUAGUUGAUAAAAUUAAUUUCGUAAUGUCAUACUCAUAAUCGGGUGGCCGAUUUAAGACUGUAAUCGUUUUAUAAUUAACGAAUAUAUAAAUGCCGAGCAUAUGGAAUUGGAAUCGGUAAUGAAAUACUAACAAUUAAAUUGGAACAAAUUGAAAUCUACAAAUUUUAUCCUAACCUCACCAAGUUUUUUGGUCUCAGAAGUUGUGUCCCGUCUGAUUGCUUUAGUAUAUUCUACAAAAUUCUUUGAAACAUUUCACCUGUAGGUUCGUAUUUUAGUUUAUAAGAUGUGCAGACUGUUGGCUCAAAUCAUAUUACUGGACUACGAAAGUCUCAGUUCAAAUAUUUUUGCAGAUCACAACAGUAGUUUUCAUGGAAUUUCAUUAAAACAUUGUAGUUUAAGUUUAUUUUUAUUUGUAUUGUACUUAUUUAUCUAACUUUGUAUGUAACUCAUUUAUUCACGCAUUCUAUUAAUUAA